AUGGCGACCCAGUGGGUUUUAGGCAAGGUCUCCGAGGCCCUUGCUCCGACCGUGUCUGGUGCGGUGUCUGGUGCGGGCUCUUUCGCUGGAGGGGCAGUCAGUGCAGUAGGAAGCAGCAUCAAUGGAGUGGGCGAGGGGAUCAACAGCUCGAUUCGAAGGUAUGGAGACGGAGUGAAGGACUAUGGCAAUGCCAUCAUGGACUGGACCAGGGCAGAUGCUGUCAGGGCCCCGACAGCGAACAACCCCCUGGGACUGAGCUCAGGGGUGACGGGCGGAAAGAGACAAGUGACGAGCCCUCAGCUGUACCGAGCACCAGCCACGUCCAGUCCUUCCAAGACAUUGAUGACCACGAGCAGAAGCGCCGCACCUCAGAAGAAGAUUGAAGCAGGCAUGCCGAGGAAGGCCUUGCCAGCACCCGGGCCCAAGGCAAAUGGUGCAAUGAAGAAGUCGACCUCUGCUGUUCCUGCUCCUGUUCAGAAGCAUGCGUCCACGGCCUCGGCCAAGUCUGCAUCGGCAGGAGCCAAGAUCUCCUCAACGCCAAACCCAGGCGCGAUGAGGAAGAAGCCUAAGGAGACGAUCAGCGAGAAGACAGGCCCGACCAAAAAGCCAACAGCAGUCAAGAAGUCGACGCCCGCGAAGCCCAACGGCACCACCGCUCCCAAGUCUGCCGCCCGGUCAAAGGUUGGAGGUAAUUCGACUGCCGCAGCCAACCCUCUUGGUCUCAACUUUUGA